AUGGCAGAUGUGGUUGCCCACCAAGCCUGGGUCUUCCCUCAGGCUUCCAGGAGCCAAGAAGGAGCCCACCGUGGGUAUUCCUUGAAUCCAGUAGUGCAGCCUGUUGAGGUGCAGCAGCUUGAAGACACUCAGGUCUCCAGGGAGUCGAACACAGAGUCACCUCGCUCGGAGCAAAAGCCAGACCUACAGCCGGAAACAACCUUCACGUUCCUGUUCACACUCCUGAGCACACCGGAGCCCAGAGUCCCUGACCCGAAUAUUCACACCUGCACCAGGACCGAGGAGCCUGGGGCUCUGGCUGGGCGCCUCCUUCCCCCAGCCUCCAGAUCUGCCAGUCCAGCCCUCACUGUCCAGCUGUCCGGGGACUUGGAGAUCCAGGAGAGCCGGUUCCUGGGACAGCAGGACUGGGGCGUUCGGCGCGCCUCAGAGGAGAUGAAGCAUCUGCAGAACGUCUGUGUGAGGCUUCGGGAGGCGCUGAGCACCACCCUAGCAGACAACCUGGCUCUGGGGGAGAAGCUGCGAAACCUGCCUAGCUUCCUGUGUGAGAAGCUGAAGGAGGGAAUGCAGGCCGCACAGGAGGAAGCACAGGACACCCAGGAGGAAACCUUGACUAAGCAGGUACUGGGGCAGCUGCAGCAGGAGAGGACAGAUUACGAGGACUUUCUGCCCUGCACCUCAAGAUCAAGCACCUGCACCUUUGUCUCAACCCCCCAGCUCCUAGAGGGCAGCGCCACUCUUCCUGCCUUCUGACCCUGCCCCAGUGCAUGGAAAUCAGUCAGCCCUGGCCAGGCCUCAGUUGGAGGCCUGACACCCCCUUGGGAUGCCCCAUCAGCUGCCUAACAAUAAACUUUCUA